GAUAACCUAUUUCAGUUAAAAUAAUAGGGAUUGUUUCAAUGAUUUUCACAGUUUAAAUAUCACGAUUUAUUUCCAACAACUUUUAAAUGUGCGUUUAAAUUAAGCGUUUGUGAAUGUUACGACCGAAGAGAAGUUAUGUUCUUACCGUAAAGUUGAUUGGAAGUGAGGAUCGGUGAUGAUGAUGUCAAGAAGGAAAACUAGCGAUGGGUUCUGCCUGCCCCCUACCAACUGUCGCUCGCAGGAUUGGCGUGGAAAUCCUAUUGUGCUCUGGUCACCAGCUGUGGAACCGGCAGUUCCUGGUGUCGAAAGGUUCCUGUCUGAACAGCCGUCCGACGCGAUAAACCAAGGGAGUUACUAUCAAGUUCCUUUAAUGAUGGGAGUUAUGGAAGUCGAAUUUAGCGGUAUAGCUGCUUUGUAUGAAAAUGCCACAUUAGGAAGUAAUUCUGUGUACCCUGAGUUGAACGAUAAUUGGAAUACUCUCGCUCCGAUCAUAUUUAUGUACGAUCGUAAUACAUCGCGAUCGAAUUACGUCAAUAGGGAAUUACGAUAAUUCUAUUUCAACGAUCAGCCACUUAGCUCGGCUAGCUACAGAAAGCUCGGUGACGUACGUAUCAAAUUCUCUUCGUGCUCUAAUUGUAAUUUGUUUUCCAUUGAAAUCAUAAACAAAAUAUCAAAUCUUUUUCAGACAUAUGAUGAUGCUAUAACUAAAUUUCCUAUGUAUCGAAUAAUCAAGUUAUUCGCAACGUAUUCGAAAUUCCCGGUAUACUUUUAUAAAUUUGCUUUCCAAGGACCAUAUUUUACGUGUUUACGUGUCCUUCAGGUGUAUGUCAUCAUGACGAUCUGCAGUAUCUUUUCUUCAUAAAGAGCCGCUUUCCGUACUUCAACAGCGACGCACCAGAGAUUCCUAUGGUGGAAAUUUCUACCAGCAUAUGAUCGAACUUUGUUAUGAAUGGCGAACCGAUCCGCAAGCACGAUGGUCAACUCAGGAAUGUAGGAUGGGGUAGAUUGGUAUCCGAGCAUAGCAAUUUUCUGGAGCUGAAUCUUUAUCCAUCGAUCAAAAUUGAGUUCUUUCCUGAAAGAAUGGGAGAAUGGGAAAGAUUGUUCCCUGCACACUAAGUCUCAAAUGCGAUGAAACAUUAAACACAUAAAUAAGAACCUAUUUCUGUGAUUGCUAAUUUUAUAUUAAGUAUUUUCAAUAGAAUAUUACGCAAGU